UGGUUUUUGCAUGAUAGAGGGUAGGAGGGCUGUUCUGCUGUUGGAGUGUUGGUGAAUAAUGAUAUGAUAGAAAAUGUAUGGAAGUAAUAAUAGCUAGUACAGUACUUUAUGCUAGAAUAUGAUUUUUUUUUAACUAACAACAUAAUUUUUCUUAAUAAGUAGAUGAAAAUGGUUUUAGUAUGAAUGUAAUCAAACAGUUGGAACAUAAAAUGUUUAAUGGCUCUUAGUGGAUAUGAAUGUAUUUGGUAUAUUGUAUAUUUAUUGUAGUUUUUACAAAUUUACUAGCGUGUCAGAAAAUUGUUUAACUUGUAUGGAAGAAAACCCACAGAAAGAAUAUAUUGUAAUUUAAAUUAUGGAAUUUUUUUCAAGUACUGGUGUAGGAGUUCCAGAAGUUGAAGGUCAUCUCUACCUGAAAAGUGAUGGGAAAAAAGCAUGGAAAAAACAUUUUUUUGUUUUAAGAGCAUCUGGAUUGUAUUAUUGUCCAAAAGGCAAAUCAAAGUUUUCUAAAGAUUUAUCCUGUUUGACUACUUUUGAAAUGAAUAAUGUCUAUGUUGGAUUUGGAUGGAGAAAAAAAUUUAAAGCACCUACUGAUUUUGGCUUUGCAAUUAAACAUCCACAAAUACAAACAAAAUCUUCAAAAUAUAUCAAGUAUUUAUGUACUGAAGAUGAAAGAUCCUUAUAUCACUGGGUAAUUGGCAUCAGAGUAGCAAAGUAUGGAAGACAAAUUAAAGAAAAUUAUGAAACAUUAGUUCGAGAAAUAGUUGAAGAUGAUUUGGAUACAUUAGCACAUGCACGAAGUUUUUCAAUCUGUUCUAUGGCCAAAACAAUGACAGUAAGUCCUGAUAGUUCAGGAAGUCCUGCAACUCCAGAUAGACCAGAUUUAACAUCUGUUAAUGGAAUUAGUCAUCAGUAUACUCAAGAAGUGAUAGAUUCAGAAAAUCAAUGUAACAGAAGCUCAGAAUCAACUCCAACCUCAACUACACCAACUCCUUUUGAAAAACCAAGACGUCAUGGAAGCAUUGCACGUCAGGAUUCCAUUAAAUCCAGUACUAGCAGCAGCAGUGGCUGCAUGUCUGAACGAUCAAGUACUGGUACUCCAACUGCAGAGCAGAUUGCAUUUGAAGCAGAUUUUCCAAUUGGUACAAUUAAAAGAAAACCUAGCAUGACACCAAAAAUUCCUCUUACUAAUACUACAAGAAGUAUUGCUAAACAGUCUGGAGAAGAAAGUUUAAAUGUUGUAAGUUUAGAUAAUGUGAGUUUGAGUAGUAGUAGCAGCAGUGGAAGUAGUAAUGUAGGAAGUUUAGGAAGAGCAGCAGCUUCUCGAUUAAGCUUGAGACGAUCUCAUACUGAUGACAGAAUUACUUUUAAUUGCAUAACAAAAAAAUUGUCAAAAAAGCCAUCAUCAGAUUCACUUUCUGUUAACAGUCGAGUAAAAGAAAAUGAAGUUGAUGAUCUUCCACUUCCACCACCUCCACCAGAAUUACAAGAAACUCUUGAAAUUGAUUCAAGUUCAUUACCACUUCCUCCUCCAGAAGCCUUUAAAAGCAGCACACUUAGUUUGGAUUCUCUUCCACCUCCUCCACCUAUACCUCCUCCAUUAGAUGAUGAAUCAAGCUGGCCUAGUACCUCAAGUCUCAAUUCUCUUCCUCCACCUCCUUCUCCUAUAUUAGAUAAAUCAGAAAAGGAAGAAAGAAAGAUGUGGAAUGGUCCAUUAACUGAACAAGAAGUAUCUACUAUUUUAGUUGUAACACCUGAAGUUAAAGCUGCCCCAGCUGUACCUCCAAAACCACAUUCACAAGCAAUUCAGAGAAGAUUAUCGGAAGCUGAUGCUAUUCAUCAUAAUCAAUCUCUUUUUUUGAAUGAAUUAAAACAGGGUACUUAUAAUAAUGCACAUAAAUCUCAACACAGACCAAAACUUAAUAUAGACUGUUAUAGUUCUUCACAUGAAUUUGAAGAUAAUGAGUUUCCAUCUGAUAAUAUUAGUCCUAUACAAAAUAAAGCAUCCCCUACAGGAAGUGUUCAAUCAAAAUUUCAGAAUUACUUUCAGGGAAGGACUGGAGGUAUAAGUCUGCAAUCCCCUUCAUCACUCGAUGCACAAUCUCCCACUUCUCAAUCUUCUGGAGCAUCGGGAGGGAGAAAAUCGAGAAUACAGCAGAAACCAUCUCCUCCAAAAAGAAGUGAGACGACAAAAUUAACAACAACAACACCAGUCAGAAGAUCAUCAUCAGCAUCGUCCCAUUCUCAGGAACAGACGUCAUCCACUUGCCCUCCUGCAUCAUUUCUUCGUGAUCUGCACCGAGUGAUGGAGAAGAAGUGGAAGGUCGCCCAGCAGCUAUCUGUGGAUCAUUCGGCCACACCACAUCAGAUCCUGGGAUUUAGGGAUCCAUGUUAUCUUCCGCCGGCCUCAGCAGAUCAGCUGCAGUCUCCCACUUCUCCUCCAUCCCAUCAUCCCUCCCACUAUGAGCGUCCGUCCCGCUCACUGUCUCAGCCACGACACCCAAGGAAAAAGUCUCCUCACGAUGAGACGUGCAAUUCCGGUGCUGCCAUCAAAAGACCACCACCUCCACCACCAAAACGUAGUGAAACAACACAUCUGUCCAGGUGGUAGCAAAAAGGCUGGUAAUCACAUGUGCUCAACAUGGUGCUGUAGUAAUGAACAAACAAAGACCAGGGUAAUUUACAAAAGAGAGGAGGAAAGAUGAUCAGUGCUAUUUACGUUAGCCGAUACUCCAUGUUAAUUUAACCACACCAACAGACUGUAAACUGGAUAAAGCAUGACAGAUUUAUUACAAAAUGUAGAAUCUAGUUUAUGUUUAUCACAUAAUAUCGUGUACAUAUUGUAUUCGUAAUGACUUGUCCGUGUCAUAAUGCCAACUUGUCUGCUUCCUACCAAUGACUUUUAUUUAGUCCUCUGCCAAUUCAAUACUCAAUAAGUGUUUUUAAAUUAGGGAUUAAAUAGCAGUAAAGAGGCUUAAAUAGGAAAAUUGAUUUGACACUUAAUAAAAGUAGCUCUCCAACCCAAACUAGACAUACUACACAAACAAACAAAUUCAUCCAAGUGACCAUCAUUAGUCACAUCUGAAUUCAAAGGUUAUUUUGUUUAUUUGGAAAGCUUAAGAGGAACAGUUUUAUGACUGUUUCAUAAUUGGAACAGUAAUUAUGGAUAUUAACUGCAUAAGAUAUAUCAAGGACAAGUUAUAAAAAUCUCCUUCUGUUAUUAAACUUAGUUUGCCAAGAAACUGAAAUUUGUUAGAUUUAGUAUGUUUUUUAUCCAUUGCAAUUUUGUUCCUAUGUCGGAACUUUGGCAAAUUGUCUUAUUUUGAGGACCAAUAGUCCACUAUUCUAGUCUGAUUGUAUUUAGAGAAUAGUUGGUGUGGUUAUUCUUAUAAUUUACUACUUCAAGUGAACUAGAUUAAAUUCUAAUAGAAUUUACAGUUAUUUUCAAAAGAGAGCAUACAAAAGUGAUAUUAUAUUGUGAACACAUGAUUACACAAUUAUUAUACAAUUAAGAAGAAAAGCUUUUUGGCACCUUUUCCAAAUAGGUGGUUAAAAAGUUUCUAUAAAAUAAUUAUAUAUUAUUUAUGUUGUUAUACUAAAUAGUUAAAACAUAGAAGAAAAAUCAAGAUGCUUUUACGAAAAAUUAAAAACAAAUAUUUGAAAAGGUAUAUCAUUUUUUGUACAAAAAAUAUAUAUAAAAAACAAAAAAAAAACGGUAAUUGGACAUAUAAAAAAGGGUAAAAAUCAAGUUGAAAAUUGAAAUCCACAAGAAAUUUGUAAGAAAGUUUAGGUAACACUUCAGCCUGCUGGCAGGGGAAGUGAACAGUUUGAUUUGUCAGACCCAAUUUAAUAGUGUGAAAUCUUACUGGGAAGUAGAUCAAAGUCUGAACAGGCCUUUAACAGGAGAAAGUAAAAACAAACGAAACUCACUGUUUGUGUCAUCCAUCGAGUGUUUGUUUCCAUUUUUUUGUAGACUGUAUAAGUAACUAUGUAAAUUCAAAAACGAAAAGAAAAAAAAAAAGACAUAUUUUAUCAUUUUUAAUAUUCCAGCUAUGAUACGUCGUGUUUACUGUUUUAUUAUUAUAUUUUAAUUGUUCUUUCAAGAUCCAAAAGAAAAUACAGUAUAUAUAUUUACAUACAUAUAUACUUGUACACACAAAAUUAUGUGUUUUAAGUGCAUCUACAUCUUUCCAAUUCAGUGCCAUAAGCAGCUUUUUUCCUUUUUUUUUUGUAAUGUCUUCACUGCAAUCCAGUCAAAUGGAAUCAGCUAAAUAAUAAUAAUUAUUAUUUUAUGUUUUUAAUGCCGUUUGUUUUAACCUAACUUUUGUAUGUAUCCACACAUGGUAGCUGGACUUGACCAAUGAAGUGUAUAUAGUGUAAAAAAAUUUUUUCCUUCCCACACGUUUUAAGUGACAUGCCAAAAGGAAAGUAAAAACAAAAGUUAAAAAAUACAGAUGGAAACAAUGCAGUAGUUAUCCACCAAUUACGUACUUCCCAAAGACAAUACCAAAAAAAAAAAGAAAAAUG